AUUUGAAUCUUUGUAGUCGUCAUGACAAGAUAGGAUAGUCUGAAGGUUCUGUCUCAGUGUAAAUACGAGUUAAUAUAAAUUACUAUUAUAGUACAAUUUGAUUCUCAAUGUAAUUUUUAGCAAAAUAUGACUUUUAAACAUGAUAAUAUGUGCACCUUUAAAACACGAAAUGAAUAACCUCAUGAAUCAAGACAGAAUUCAAUUCAAAUCAUCUUUGAAAAACAUUUAUUCUGAUACAUUACAUGAUACAACAAUUAGAGAAGAUGACAAUGAGGACAAUAGUGAUAGUGAUGAUGAUGAUGGCGAUGAAGAUGAUGGUAGUAGGGCUGAAAAAGCGUCUACUGAUGAUGACACUUUAUCAACAACACAGUGUGAUCCUGAAAGACUCGAACAAUUCAAUUAUAAAGAAACUACCUCAGAUAUUACCUCUUCUCUUGCAUUUCUGAGCCGACGUAUUACACGGAAAUAUGCUAGUGAAUUUAUUUUACCAGAUGAUACACGUAUUGCUGUCAGUCGUCUUGAAGGUAUAUAUCCAAUGGAUAAUAAUGAGCAAGUUAUAUUAAGCUUAUCAGUUGGGCAUAAAUACAUACACAUUGGCCAACAAGCAACAAAUAUGGAUCAGUCUUCACCAAUAACAACGCAAACUAAUCCAGUGAAUUCUUUCAAUAAACAAGUUUCUUUAAGUAGUUCAGAGAAAUUGAAUGGUUCUAAUUAUCACCGUAUUAUCAACAAACCGAGUUUAAAUCAUACUAUAGAGGAAACUAAUAUUGAUGAGAGUCUAAGUGAUAUGGAUUCACCACAUCAUGAUUUGAACAUGUCAGAAACUUCACUAUCAUAUAUUACUCGUGGAUUACAAAUUAUCGAUUAUUUAGAAGAUGAUCUAUGGGCAGCCACAAUUUUACAAUGUGACAAUAGUUCAAAUGCUGGUCUACUGCGACAACUUGAAGCUGGAUGUCGGCUAGAGCCAGAGGCAUAUAAAAUGGAACGUGUACAAACUGUGAAAAAUCGUGAAACUGUCAUUGAUUUCCCUAGUAAACCAACAGUGAGAACAAUAGGUUUAAGUCGAAGUAAUAGUGAUACGGAUUCAAUCAAUACAACACUCACUGGAGUUGAUUUUGAUGGUGAAACAUGACAGAUUGAUCAAGUAAUAAUAAUUACAUACUUAUCCCUGUGUAUUACUUUAGACGACCGAUAAGUGUUCUAACACAACCUUGUACAUUUAUGCCCAACAUUUGUGUUGAAGACUUGAGUUCAUACCGAAUUUUCGAUGUUUCCCCUUCAUCAAAUCUCACAAGAAUAUGCUUUUUAUUUUAGAGUAUUAGGCCUUACCUUUAAGCUGUACACUUCUUAUACAAAUUAUCAAUAGAAUUUCAUUUGCUCAAAGUA